GGAAUUCUUGGCUGUACGACGAGGAGAAGGGAGGGGUGUUCCUUUCCGAGGAGCAGCUGAACCGCACUCGCGUCGAGGCGAGGAUGGCCCCGAAGUUCACGAUGACGGUGACGAUACUGUUGCUGGGCAUGGCCGUGCUGUUGGCGCUGAGCAAUACUGGCCUGGGACCGGUGGGAGCUGCAGCAGCAGAGACUAUCACCGCGGAGCAGCGUCUGGUCGCGGCGUUGAAGGACCCCAAGGUAUCCCAGUUCGUUUUGACGUCGGACGUGGUUCUGACGGCGUCUCUGCCUCCCUCCAAAAAGGACUUCACGCUGGUGGGACGAUGCAGGGACCGGCGGCAGCGACCACGCCUCUGCGUUGUUGACGGAAAGGGGAAGUUCCGAGGCUUCAGGAGCGAUGGAUUUUAUGUGGGCAUGAGCGAUAUCCACUUCAAGAAUAUGCGCGACACGAGGACCCCGGGGUCCGAUUACAGUGACGGGACUGGGGCGGUCGCGUUUGCGUUUAACGGGAAGAUCAGGGCGACGAGGUGCGUGUUCGAGAGCAACAAGGCUUUUACCGCAGGAGCGCUCGCUGUCCGCGACUCGCCUCUUCUGGUGAGCGACUGCCAGUUCCGGAACAACUGGGCAGUGGAGGAGGCAGGAGCCAUCAGGGUGUUCAGCAACGGCGUCGGAACUGUGAGGAGGUCUGUGUUCAGCGGCAACUCCGCCGGCCAGAGCGGAGGUGCGGCUCGCGUAUUCGAGGGCGUGCUCAACUUCAUCAACUGCACGUUCCGUGGAAACACGGCCAGGAAAGGCGAUGGCGGUGCACUCRAUUACGAAAGUGGCAGCGGCGGUGUGAUCUCCAGGUCCGAGUUUGUUGGAAACUCCGCCCGCAACGGGUCGGGCGGCGCCGUGGAAGUGGAGGGUGACAGCGCCAUCGACGACAUCAAUUUUUGUAGCUGCACUUUCCGAUGCAACAGCGCAAAGACUCGCGGGAGCUUCAAUGUGGACAUCACCUCAGACACGCAAGUCACCUUCUGCAGGAAUAAGCCCCAAGGUCUCCGCGUUGUCGAGCCAGCCAAGGCCGUCGUCAACUGCACUGCUUGUGCGAAGGCGGUGUAUUGGGACAACAAGAAUAGUCUCUGAAGCAGCAGAGCAGUGUCAGUGUGCGGGAGUUGAUCCGGUGUCUUCUGACACGGUGAAUGGGAAUGGUCUCUUCUCUCUCUCGCUUAUGUCUGGGACGGUGAAUGAUCUCGUCUCUCCCCUUCAUUCAUMGAAGUAAGGAUUCUGUGGGACGGUGUGGCUGACUCCGCACUCGUAGUGCACAUGUGUUGCUGCUCCACCGAGCGGGACACGAGAAGCUUGGUUGGUGGUAAKGUGAAARAGAAAGGGGGAUGAAUUAAAUUCGGAAAUGGACCAGGGGACAAGAAAGUAGAUGGUAAUAAUAGAGGGUGUGCCUCUGAGGCAGUGGGGUUGUCCUUGAGCUGCCUUCAGCAGAAAAAA